AUGUCCCACUCGAAGCGCAACACGUCAUUGGCCUUCUUCACCGCUCAUGAACGCUCCCUCCUCCGCUCAAGCUGGGGAACCCAAACAACUCGACUUACACGCGACUCCUUUCUGCCCUUCGGGUAUUGCCGCUUAUGUCUCGGCUAUGCCAACGUGCCCGUGGCUUGCGGCGAAGGGAACCACGGCACCCGAAAAGUCCACCUCUUUUGCCGGGAAUGUGCGUUGAACGAUCUCAUGGCCCAGAGAAAAGAGAUCAAGCGGCUAGAGAGGGAAGCUGAGACGCGGGAGAAGGGGGAGCGCGAGGAGAAAGCGAGGGAGGAGGAAGAGAGGAAGAAAAGGGAGUUGGAAUUGUUCGAGAGGACCGCGAUGGGCUUUGCAGACGAUGGGAUCGAGGCGAUAGGACGGAAAAGGAAGAGGGAGGCCGAAGAGCUGCAUGCCCACCGAUUCGAGACGCAGAGCAACGGUCGUGACAGCAAUGAAAAGAACAAGAAGCCCAAAUCCUCCGAAGCGAGUUUCUGGAUCCCCGGCUCCGACAGCCUGUCCGCAUCGACAACGACGACUUCGACGUCGAAACAGCAGAAGCUCCAUCCUCUAUGUCCCGCGUCGACGCCGGGGGACAAACACAACUACUCGCUGAAAUCACUUAUCACAGUCAACUUUGCAGAAAUUGCCUCGGAAACGGGUGCGAAGGCGGUCGAGUCAACAAGGAUAUGUCCAAGCUGCAAGAAAGCCCUCAACAACACAUCACGGCCGAUGCUGGGAACAGCAGAUGGAUGUGGGCACGUCAUCUGCGGCGCCUGUGCCGACUUGUUUCUAGUGGGUCCGGGUUCCAAUGGCGGGUCGUCGAAAGAACCGAAGGACGCCCAGGCAAGCAUUCUCUGCUAUGUCUGCGAAGCCGACCUGAGCGGAACAGCGCCCGAAGCGGGAGUGAAUGACGAGAAGGGGGGCAAGGGCAAGAAGCAGAAACACAAGGAGGGAAAAGAACACAGUCGGAACGUGGGCAGACUGGUCGAAAUUAGCUGUGAAGGAACCGGUUUUGCGGGCGGAGGGUCGAACCUGGCAAAGCGGGAGGGCGUGGCAUUCCAGUGCUGA